GCACAGUUAUCAUUUGUUUGUAUGGUAGGAAGGUGCCGGCUUCGCGUUAUCAUUUGUUAUUUUUACCACGUUGUUUUUAUCAGUGAUGUAACAAAGGUCUUCGCAAUUAGCCAAUUUAGUCCGCGAGUAAGACUCGUAGAGGACAGUAGCGUUAUCAUAAUAAUUUACACUAUUAUUGAGUACCUAUAUAAGUAAGAUAAAUAUGGUAAAAGCAGUGGCUGUCAUCACCAUCAGUGACACAUGUUUCAAAGACAACUCCAAAGAUGCCUCCGGACCAUGCCUCGCAGAGUUGGCUCGGCAACUGUUUCCUGAAGCAAACCUACACACAAUUAUCAUCCCUGAUGAAAGAGAAAUUAUAGAGAAAGAACUCAAAUAUUUCUGUGAUUCCAACAUAGAUUUAGUGUUAACUACAGGAGGAACAGGUUUAAGUUAUAGAGAUGUCACACCAGAGGCAACCAAAGCUGUUAUACAGCGAGAAGUUCCCGCUAUACCCGUAGCUAUUACCAUGGAGAGUUUGAAGAAAACACCAAUGGCUAUGUUAUCUCGGUCUGUUUGUGGAGUGAGGGACAAGACUUUAAUCAUCAAUUUUCCUGGAAGCAAGAAAGCUGUUGUGGAAUGUUUUGAAGUUGUCCGUUCCGUGUUGCCUCAUGCCAUUUCUCUAGUAAAUGAUGACUUAGCAGAAGUUAGAACUAUUCACGAUUCUUUGAAAUUUGAUCACACAACUCCACUCACAAGUUCAGUAGAUGUUUCUAAAGUGGCUUUGAGGCCUCGUGAAUCUCCUUAUCCAAUGCUGGAGAUGGCAGAAGCUUGGAAGAUAGUGGAUGAUGUAAUGUCGCAAUGGAAAGAAAGAUUGGAGAUUAUAUCUAUAGAAGACAGUGUGGGUCGAGUAGUUGCUCAAGCAUUGCGUGCUAAGGAACCAAUGCCACCAUUCCCUGCUUCUGUUAAAGAUGGUUACGCAUGUAUGAGUAUGGACGGCGCAGGAGUCCGCCAGGUCCGGACAGCUCUAGGCGCGGGCGACGCCCCCACCUCCCCCCUCAUAUCGGGGCAGUGCGCGAGAGUCAACACGGGGGCUGCUUUGCCGGCGGGCGCCGAUUGUGUAGUACAGGUAGAAGAUACGAGAUUAGUUUCGGCCACAGAGGAUGGUCAGACGGAGUUAGAAGUGGAGAUGUUGGUGGCGCCGGAACCACAACAGGACGUGCGGCCCGUAGGCUUCGAUAUACCGAUGGGCACUGUACUUGCUAAUAAAGGGGACGUUAUUGAUUCGGCUUUGGUUGGUCUCCUGGCUGGCGCUGGUCAUCUCAACGUUACCGUCCAAGCACCUCCCAAGGUGGCGCUGUUAUCUACCGGAAACGAAUUACAAGAGCCUUCGGAAUCAAAGUUGCGGCCAGCACACAUUCGCGAUUCUAACCGCACUAUGUUAAAAGCGCUGCUUAGAGAACACGGCUACGACAGCAUCGACUGCGGCAUCGCGCGCGACUCGCCCGACGCGCUGCUGGCGGCGCUGUCCGAGGCCUUCCGCCGCAGCGACGUGCUCGUGUGCACCGGGGGCGUCUCCAUGGGCGAGCGCGAUCUGCUCAAACCCGUUCUCGUGGAGGAUUUCAGCGCUACCCUUCACUUCGGCCGCGUUCAUAUGAAGCCGGGAAAGCCUACAACGUUCGCCACCUGCCAGUUUGAAGGCAGGACGAAGUACAUUUUUGCUUUACCGGGCAACCCGGUAUCAGCGUACGUGUGCAGCCUCCUGUUCGUGAUCCGAGCGCUGCGCGUGAGCGUGGGCCGCGUGGCCGACUGGCCGCGCCUGCGCGUGCGGCUCGCGCACGCCGUCAGCGUGGACGCGCGGCCGGAGUACGCGCGCGCCGUGCUGCACUACCCCGACACCGACGACCUGCCCACGGCCACUACCCUCGGCAGCCAGUGCAGCAGCCGGCUGCUGAGCGCGUGCGGCGCGCGCGUGCUGCUGGAGCUGCCGGGCGGCGCGCGGCGGCUGCCGGCCGGCGCCGUGCUGCCCGCGCUCGUCGUGGCCCGGCUCGACAACACGCGAUACUGAACCCUUUGCUAGUCGCGCGUGUAUACCGCAAUCCCGUACCCCCACUUUGGAAUCAAAUGCACCUUUGAAUCACGUUUAAGUAAUCUCACAUAUUUUUUUUUUAAAGUCGAUUUAACAUUAUUACAAUCCGCAAAAAAAAUCCUAAGGAAGUUCUAUGUGAUUAAGAAUAUAAUAUGAUUCACAACGCGGCCCGAUAUUCUUACUUUUUUUUUAUGUAGUCAGUAUGUGCUCAGUAAAUUUUAUUCAUAUUUUUCAACAACAAUCUCUAACAACUCUUAUAGUCGUUACCUAUUAAAUUAAAAUGUUUAAAAUAGUGUUAUUCACUUAAAGCCGAACUUAUAAAAAAAAAUAGAAUGAUAGCUACCUACCUAAUAAAAAAUGUGGUGCCAAGGUAAAACAGCCAACUCGUUUUAUGUAUUGUUAAUCCUUCACUUUGUUAUUUAUACUUCGCCAAUACAGAUUUUUAUCUAUACUUAAAGUGUAGGAUUGA